UUUGGGCGCAGCUCUGGGGUCCUGUGUGUGCGGGGGGGACACCAGGGCCCACAUUAAGGUUUUGGGGUGGGGGCCAUGAAUUCCUGGGAUGGAACUAGGGGCAUUGUGCCCUGAGCCAUCUCCCUGGUCUCAGAGUUUUCUUUGUGGAAGAGAGCGAUUAUGCCCUCCAACAUCACACACACAGAUACACACAGACACACACACACACACUUUCCUGGCAGGCCUGAUGGGUUUCCAAACAUUUCGUCACUGUCUCCUCCUGACCUUGGUGUGAAAGGAAAGAGCCGCGUGGCCUGUGGGUUCCAGGACAGCCAUCGGGGGGCGCCGGCCUGGACUGGGGGAGGAGGGUGGCAGCCCAGCAGAGUGGAGGUGAGGUCUGCUGGAAAUCCCCAGCCCGGGCGGCCGCCGGAGGUUUAAAGACGCCUUCCCGGCCUUAUUUGGUCGCAGGAAGUGGGCGGCGCCGGGCCUGCUGGCGGAGAGACCGAGCCGAGACAGUUGUGCUGAUGAAGUGGUAGAGCUGGUUCCUGCUCGCCGCCGCGCCGCGCGCGCCUGCCGGCCGCUGGGCGCUUCGUGCUCCCAGUCCCGAGUUGUGCAAUCCUUUGUAGCACGCCAGAGAGUCCUCCUCCUUCGCUGUUGCCUCUCGCCCUCUCUCUCUCUCUUUUUUUUUUCAAGCUGUGAGCUCAACCGAUGAGUCAGAGCAGUGCAAUCCUGACACUGCAUCGCAGGACUGGGGGUGACACGGAGGGAGAGCGAUCGCUAGGCGGACACCAGCAGCAGCGGCAGCGGCAGCGGCAGCGCGGGGUGCGCCGAGCUCCCUGCGCCGCGAGCGGGGGGUGACAGCCCGCGCGUCCCGCCCGGGCCCUGCCAACAAAACUUCCCAGCCUCGGGAGGCGCGGGCUUGGCGGAAGCCCCGCGAGCGCCGCGGGGAGGCGGACGGCGCCUGUUUGUUUUUAAAAAUCCGAGAGUGCGUGCAGGCGGCUGGAGUCUGGGAGGCGGUGGAAGGCGGCGGCCUGCGGCGGAACUGGGGACCGCCGAUGCCGGGGCUCCGACAGAAGCCGGGCGGCAGUGCCCGCAGCAGGAGCACCAUGAAGCGGGAAGUAUAGACGUGUCCAGGACUGAGGAAGAACCAGCCAUUCUUGCUCCUGGGCCGGACCCAUCCACCAGCACUUCCUUCUGCCCCUGCUCUGCCCCCGUUGGCUGCUGGGCGAGGGCCAGGCUUCCGGUGGGACCUGCGUGCCUGCGGGGGAUGGGCCAUUGGUGACCUUUGUGUUCGCACCCGCCCGAGCCCCACUGGCCACACCAUGAACCUCCAGGCCCAGCCCAAGGCUCCAGGCAGGCGAAAACGUUGCCUUUUUGGGGACCAGGAAGCGGCCACCAAGGAGCAGCCCCCGCCCCUGCCAGCCCCCCAGCCCCCCCACGCCCCUCCGCAGCCCUCCCGCGUGAAGGAGGAGCCUUACUUUGGGCACGAGGGGCCCCCGGGGGCCGCGCCUGCCUCCCAGCCCGUGGAGCUGCCCCCCGCUAACAGCCUGACGCUGCUGAACUCGGUGUUCGGGCCCGAGCGCAACACGGCGGCCAUGCUGUCGCAGCAGGUCAAGUGGCCCAACUCCAUGAUGGGUCCGGAGCGCGCAGGGGGCGCGGGGGUCAGCGACAGCGGCUGGCAACAGCAGCCGGGCCAGCCUCCCCCGCACCCUGCCUGGGGCCGCCACAGCCUGCCCCUCUACAGUGCCCCCAAGGGGACCCCGCACCCCGGCCUGGGGGUGUCCUCGUAUUAUGGACACCCAGAGACCCUGAAGCUGGAGAAAGGGGGUGCCCCGCAGCUGGACCGCUAUGGCAACGCCGUGCGGCCCAUGAUGGCCCAGAAGCUGCCCCUGGAGGUGGGGCAGCCCCAGGCGCCUCUCAACUCCUUCCACGUGGCCAAGAAGCCUCCGAACCAGACGCUGCCGCUGCAGUCCUUCCAGCUGGCCUUCGGCCACCAGGUGAACCGGCAGGUCUUCCGGCAGGGCCCGCCGCCCCCCAACGCCGUGGCCGCCUUCGCGCCCCAGAAGCAGCCGCAGCCGCAGCAGGCGGCGACCCUGCCCCAGAUGCAGCUGUUCGAGAACUUCUACCCCCUGCAGCAGCCGCCCUCGCAGCAGCCCCAGGACUACGGGCUGCAGCCGGCCCUGGGGCAGCCGCACCUCGCCCACCACGGCAUGUCCGCCUACCCCUUCGCCCCCAACCCUGACAUGAACCCCGAGCUGCGCAAGGCCCUCGUGCAGGAGGCCGCCCCGCAGCCGGCGCUACCUCAGGGCCAGCUCCCCUUCCCCCGCCGCUCCCGCCGCCUCUCCAAGGAGGGGGUCCUGCCCCCCACGGCCCUGGAAGGGGCCAGCACCCAGCCCGGGCAUGAGGCCGCCACCAACCUGUUCCUCCAUCACUGGCCCCCGCAGCAGCCCCCGCCUGGCCCGCUGGGGCCGCCCCACCCUGAGGCUCUGGGAUACCCCGUGGAGCUGAGGGAGCCCCAGCUGCUGGCCGACGGGGAGAGACUGGCCCCCAACGGUCGGGAGCGGGAGGCUCCGGCCCUGGGCGGUGAGGAGAGCAUGCGGGCCUCGGGCGCGGGGGACUGCGGGCAGGUGCUACGGGGCGGGGUGAUCCAGAGCACUCGACGGAGGCGCCGGACGUCCCAGGAGGCCAAUUUGCUGACGCUGGCCCAGAAGGCAGUGGAGCUGGCCUCGCUGCAGAACUCCAAGGAUGCCAAUGGCUCUGAGGAAAAGCGGAAGAGUGUGCUGGCCUCCACCACCGGGUGCGGGGUGGAGUUUUCUGAGCCUUCCUUGGCGGCCAAGCGAGCCCGAGAGGACAGUGGGAUGGUGCCCCUCAUCAUCCCAGUGUCCGUGCCGGUGCGGACUGCGGACCCGACUGAGCUGGCCCAGACUGGCGGUGCGGAGGAGGACGGGAAAGGGCCUGAACAGAACCCCACGGAACAUAAGCCCUCGGUCAUUGUCACCCGCCGGCGGUCCACGCGCAUCCCUGGGACUGACGGCCCUGCUCAGGCUGAAGACAUGAGCGCCAAGCUGGAAGGGGAAACUUCAGUGCGGAAGCCCAAGCGGCCGCGGCCCGAGCCCCUGAUCAUCCCCACCAAGGCCGGCACCUUCAUCGCCCCUCCUGUCUACUCCAACAUCACCCCCUACCAGAGCCACCUGCGUUCUCCUGUCCGCCUGGCCGACCACUCCUCCGAGCGGAGCUUCGAGCUGCCCCCCUACACCCCGCCCCCCAUCCUCAGCCCCGUGCGGGAAGGCUCCGGCCUCUACUUCAAUGCCAUCAUAUCAACCAACAGCAUCCCGGCCCCUCCUCCUAUCACGCCAAAGAGUGCCCACCGCACCCUGCUGCGCUCCAAUAGUGCCGAAGUUACCCCGCCUAUCCUCUCUGUGAUGGGGGAGGCCACCCCAGUGAGCAUUGAGCCGCGGAUCAACGUGGGCUCCCGCUUCCAAGCAGAAAUCCCCUGUGUGAGGGACCGGGCACUGGCAGCCGCUGACCCCCACAAGGCGGACUUGGUGUGGCAGCCGUGGGAUGACCUGGAGAACAGCCGGGAGAAGCAGAGGCAAGUUGAAGAUCUGCUGACGGCUGCCUGCUCCAGCAUUUUCCCUGGAGCGGGCACCAACCAGGAGCUGGCCCUCCACUGUCUGCACGAGUCUCGGGGGAACAUCCUGGAAACACUGAACAAGCUGCUGCUGAAGAGGCCCCUGCGGCCCCACAACCACCCACUGGCAACUUAUCACUACACAGGCUCUGACCAGUGGAAGAUGGCGGAGAAGAAGCUUUUCAACAAGGGCAUCGCCAUCUACAAGAAGGAUUUCUUCCUGGUGCAGAAGCUGAUCCAGACCAAGACCGUGGCCCAGUGUGUGGAGUUCUACUACACCUACAAAAAACAGGUGAAAAUUGGCCGCAACGGGACUCUGACCUUCGGGGACGUGGACACAAGCGAGGAGAAGUCGGCGCAGGAAGAGGUUGAAGUGGAUAUUAAGACUUCCCAGAAGUUCCCAAGGGUGCCUCCUCCCAGAAGAGAGUUCCCAAGUGAAGAGAGGCUGGAACCCAAGAGGGAAGUAAAGGAGACCAGGAAGGAGGGGGAGGAGGAGGUGCCAGAGCACCAGGAAAAGGGGGAACAGGAAGAGGGGCGAGAGCGAAGCCGGCGGGCAGCGGCUGUCAAGGCCACACAGACACUACAGGCCAAUGAGUCGGCCAGUGACAUCCUCAUUCUCCGAAGCCAUGAGCCCAAUGCCCCUGGGUCUGCGGAUCUUCAGGCUUCCGAGAAGCCAAAGGAGGGGCCAGGGAAGUCACGCAGGGCACUACCUUUCUCGGAGAAGAAGAAGAAAGCAGAGACAUUUAAUAAGAUCCAGAAUCAAGAGAACACGUUCCCUUGUAAAAAAUGUGGCAGGGUAUUCUACAAGGUAAAGAGCCGCAGCGCACACAUGAAGAGCCACGCGGAGCAGGAGAAGAAGGCGGCCGCGCUCCGGCAGCAGGAGAAAGAGGCCGCGGCUGCUGCCGCCGCGGCUGCAGCCACCACAGCUGCAGCCACCACAGCGACCACGGCCAGUGCCUCCCCUCUGCAGCCGGCCCUGCGGGAGGAGAGCGGCGCGGGCGAGAGGGGCUGAUGCCCAGGACCAGCGCCUCUCCCUGGGCCCUGCAGAGGGCAUCCGGAGAUAGCACGUGGACUUCUCUCUGAGAAACAAAUAAGACGAUAAAAUAAACAGCUCUUUUAUUUAUAAAGGCCCGGGAGCGGUGAUCAAGGCCUGCAGGAUCCAGUUCUCUUUGCAUUCGGUCUGUCCGAAGUCGUCCUCAUGCUUUCUCGGAACCGUGAGCGUCCCUGCUCACCCUCCAGCCGCCACUGCCGCUGCCUUUCUCGCUCGGACCUCUGCGAGCCUUUUCCCUUCUCCGCUCCGCCUUUCCUGGGUCGCCACAGCGAGCCAAGCACAAGCGCACCUCGUUCCAGCAUUAGCCACCCCCCCAAGACCCCCCCAUCCCUGGAAACUGCACAGGCUGCACAGGCCCUGCCCUGAGUUCCGUGGGGCAGGCCCCCUCUGAGAGGGGGUCAGCCUGUCCACUGCACAAGCAUGUCCAGGCCUCAGCUGCUCCGGAGGCCCCCUCCUCAGCCUCCUCCUCCUCAGAAGUGGAGUUACCGGAAGACCUGCGGGGAGAGAGGACAGAUGCCUUUGCUGCUUGCCGUGCCGGCAGCCCUCCUGGGGCUGGAAUUCUUUCUCUGUUGUCUGGGGACCCCGCGGCCUCUCGGAAGCACUCAGCCUGCCGGAGGGAGCCGUGCAGAUGAUGGGAGCUGCAGGCCUAGGCCCGGGGGAGCCGAUCUGUCUCCAGCCGGUUGCCAAAUACCGAGAGGUCCGCGGGAAUUUAGUGCAGGCCUCUGUGGUGCCACUUCCUGUGUGCCAGCUCUCCUCAGUAGCCACCUAACCCCACCUGGUCCUGUGCUGAUCGCUGCAGCUAAGCCCCGCCCCCAAGCCCCCCUUUCUGCAUGCUGGAGAUUUCUGGAUCCUUCCCUGGGAGGGCGGGGUCACCUCACCAGGUCGGACAGGAGCCUUCAUUCCUUGCCUUCUGUCAUUUGGGAGCUAUUUAUUUAUUCUUAAUAUUUAAUUUUUUUUUUAACAUCCUCUCAGGGACCAGGGGCCUCCUGCUUUCCAGAGGCCCAAGUGCGUUUAUCCCCAAACCAGGCACCUUGACCAUUGCUUUCCCCGCUUCCCACCCUCAUCCCCUUCCCAAGGCCCCUUGGUCCCUUUGCUCUGGAAGCUCUGCCACUAGGAACAAUAGUAGCCCUGAAAGAGGUGCAGAGGUGGAGGACUCCUCCCUCCACAUGCCCAAAAACACAAAGCCACACAGACUGGCAGGAGCUGAACGGUGGGGGCGGGGCGGGGGCGGGUUAAAAAGCACCUUUUCAGCUGUGCUUUCCCAUUGGCUGGAAGCUGGAAGUCUGGGGUGGUUUCUGGUUUCAAGGAUCCAUAUUUAGCGUGGAGUUCU